AUGCCUUCCAACUCCAAAAAAUUUGCUCUUGAUCCAUCGCUUCCUCGCAAUAUUUUCAACCAUUCGAGCGAAGAAUCAGCGAAUCCUUCAGUUGUGAAUCCUCCCUUCUAUGAAGAUGAACAUGCAUGCUGUGUUUCCUCCUCCUCCUCCUCAUCGAUUACUAGGAUCAAAGGAGAAAGAAAUCGCUUGCAUGCAGCAAAUCGUGCUGUUGAUUCUCACAUGCAGGCACCCACCACAAGAGAAUAUCAUUCUCUCCCUCCAUUGACUCACAAGCAUGCACGAGUUUCAUCAAAUAAUCCCUUUGAUGGCUCUUAUAGUUUCUCAUCGUUUCUAAAUAUUCCAAUUUCGAAAGAGCAUCCUCCAAGGUCAAAUUUGUCCUCUACCACCACUUCAACACAAAACGAACAAUCACCACAACAGUUCUUCAACACAAAACGAGGAAGAAAGAACAAAUCUCCUCCACAAUUUGAACCCAACAUGUUGCAUGGAAGGAUUGCCAAUGAAAGAAACAAUAAAUUGGAGACACACGCAUGCAUGUACUCUUCGAACGUGUCAUCAUCAUCUUCGUCAGCGGUAGCUUCAGAGCAUCAUCAUCAAGCAUGCAUAACAAAACCCAACAAGAUGAAAUUAUUAGUGAAACAGCAAACAUAUGUGAGGUUGCCAUAUAGUUCGAUUUCAACAAGAAGUGAACGCAUGCAUGAAAUUUCGAAACGGUCAUCAUUGCAGCAUGCACCUCAUGAUGAUGAAAUAAUUCAUUCAACGACAAACAAUGUAAAAUCAGAAGAACCAGUUGCAACCACGCCUACAACAACAUCUCGAACAACAAUGACAGAGGAAGAAUUUCAGGUGAAAUCCAAGUUGGUUUUGUUUUUUGGAUUUGUUUGUGGAAUGACACAAAUGCAUGCACAGUCGAAUUUGUUAUUGAAACAAGCGUCUUCAAUGCAUGUAGAGGAAACAAAUAUGAGUGGAAGUAAAACAAGGGAAAGUGAUGAAAUGUCACGGAUGAUGGAAAGGAAUUUUCAAAACGAAGAAUCUUCGGUAAAAGGACAAGAGAACACCCAAAUGGUUAUCAAUCGAGAACCAAUUCGACAACAAGUAUCAAAUUUACCAUCCCCCAACCAAAAUCAAACCGAAACAACUUCUCAAAGUAACCACCCAAAACAUCAAAGACCUGCUCGAACGUCCAUCUCGAUCCAAGAGUUGUUGAAUGAUUCGAUUGAAUGA